AUGGCAAUUGCGAUUGCUACAUCGAUUCUGUUCGGCAUAAAUCCUUGCAUCGUGACGUAUGAUCGAUCUUUGCUAAGACCUCAUUUAGCCGCCACGUUUGCAAGACAAACAAUAAGUCAUUUUCCAUACCUCUGUAAUACAACUACUUCAUUAACACUAUUGCCUUUGGAGACAUUGAAAAAACGAGAGGCGAAUGCACUGAGAAAAAGACUUGUACGUAGCAAAGAAACUGAAGAACAGCGUUCGAAACGAUUAGAAAAGGAUGCUAUUUCUCACAAACAAAAAUAUGUUAUGAAUCCUGAAACAAAAUGUCAGAAGAUGCGUGAUUUGUACAAAAAAAAUCCUGAAACAAAACGUCAGAGAAUGCGUGAUACAUACAACAAAGAUUCUGAAGGAUUGCGUAAAAGAAGGCAUCAAAUCGAUGAAUAUCAAAAAGAUUUAGAAAAUAAACGUUUGAUCGAGGAAAAGAUUUUCUCGCAAAAUUACGAAGCGUUUAAAGUUAUGAAAAAGCGAUUGUUGGAUACGCCACGUUUACCUUGUAUCUCUUACGAAAAAUUAUGUAUGAGUAGUGACGUUUCUGAACUCAAGAAGCUUAGAAAACAAGUAGAGGGACCAUUUUGGAAAAAUCUGAUGGCUUACGUAACAGAACACAAUAACAAUACUGGAUUUAUUUGUAAGCUUUGUUUGGAGAAAUUUCGGAAAGGUAUGUGGUCUUCUACUUGCGUUUUGAAUAAUCUUGCCGUAAAACCAUUACCAGAUGUUUUGUCGGAUUUCAAUGAUUACGAAAAAAUGUUAAUCAAGAGAAUGAGCAGCUUCCAAGUAGUGCAAAUGAUGGGCGCUGUUUCGAACAAACAUAUGCCGUACAGAAAAAUGAUCCGCAAAGUACAUGGUAGAACAUUUCAUUUGCCUCUGCCUUUACAAGAAACAUUAGAUAAGGUAUGUUCUCCGGAAGAUCCUAUAAAUUUGAAUCACGAGUUGCACAUCCUCGUUCGAGGUAUACCCAAAAAGUCAAAAGUUGUUUGGGAAAAUUUAGUGGAUAUUAAUAAAGUGUAUAAGGCUUUACAAUGGUUGAAAGACAAUAAUCUCCACUAUUCGGAAAUUCGCCUUCCAGCGUCGUCUGAUGAUUUAUUAAAUGAUAAGUUGCAAGAAACAGAAUAUCAAAUCGUCGAUGAUGAAGACGAUGGCGACGAUGAAAUAGACGAGGUGAUUGAGGACACUGUACAGUACAAUAAAGAUAAUAAUAAUCAAACAGUUUCGAAACGUAAGGCUUUCUUGACACAAAUCACCAAAGAUUCGGAUAUUAAUGAUCAGUAUACAAUAUAUCCAAUGCACGCGAAAAGGAUCGACAACGAAUCUGCAUUCAAACUUUAUCAAAUGUUGAAAAUCGAAGAUGUUCCAGUGGAUAAUCGUUAUAAAUAUUUGGACGUCAUGUGUUUUCCCGAUUUAUAUCCCGAAGGUGUCAAUGGACAACGAGAAGAUAGAAAUGUUGCAUUGCCGGAUUAUUUAUUCAUCAGAACGCGAUUGAUGUCGAAACACAGUAGAUUCAGAUUGAAUCUGCAGUAUCUGUUCUUCCUUCUCAACGAUGCUAACUACCGACAAUUGAAAAACGGUAUCUAUUAUACGAUGAUGGUUGCUAACCCACGAAAGAGAUACACUGCUGGUAGAUAUUUGAAGCAAUUGAAAGACGAACAAUUGGAAUCGAAUUUAACGAGUAUUUUCACAAAAUUGAGAAAUACGGAUCAGUUUUGGCGACAACCGUCCAAUAAUGUAAAAUGCAUGACUCUGCAUUACGGCCCGGCGACGUGGUUUUUGACUUUGAGUCCUAGUGAAUGGAAAUGGUCCGAUUUGGGUGAAUAUUUACGAGACAUGAAUCCCGAUAAAAAAAAGUUGUGCAUCAGUGAACUAAUCGCAUAUGAUCCUGUAAGCACGUCUAGAUUCAUGUGCAUAAAAUUCAAAGCCAUGAUUGAUUUUAUAUGUUCGACCGAUAACCCAAUAGGAGAGGUUAUUCACUACUUCUGGCGACUAGAAUAUCAAACUAGAGGUAUCCAGCACAUGCAUUGCAUGAUUUGGAUAAAAGAUGCUCCUGUGCUGGGAAAAUCGCCAGAUGAAGAAGUAGCUACGUUCAUUCAAAAAUACGUUACGUGUGCAAUUCCAGAUGAAAACGUUUCGCCAACAUUGUACGAAACGGUUAUAAGUGAUCAGAAUCAUAAACAUAACUCGUAUUGCAUGCGUACAAAAAAAACCAAAACAAAUAUUUACAAAAAGUGUCGGUUCGAUUUUCCUCGGCCAGUUACUAAAAAUUUCAUUUUAAGAGAUGUCGUCACUUCGAUAGUGGGUAGAAAAAAUUUACGCAGUAAGAGCAGAUUGUACGAUCUUCCUCGCAAGAAGUCGGAAAGGUUUAUCAAUGAUUAUAAUCCGGCUAUCAAAUUGGCUUGGGAGGGAAAUAUGGACAUACAAUUUAUUGGAGAAAAGUCAGAGUUUUUAAACUCAUAUUUAACAAAAUAUACGACAAAGUCGGAAAAAUGCAACAUAGACUUUGCAAUGAUAGAUUCCAAUAAGCCCUUGGCAUCGAAAUUGUGGAAUUUUGCGAUGCGUUCUUUGAAUAACAGAGAAUGCGGUGCUUUAGAAGCUGCGGAUACACUAUUAGGGAAUCCCUUGUACGGUACGGUACGUGAUACCAUUGUCAAAUGGAUCGACGUCAAUGAGGUGAGAAACAGAAAAGUUAAAACGUUCAAUGAAAUUGAAGCUCUCGAUGAAAAUUCUACGAAUAUCUAUUGUCCGUCGCUCAUCGAUGACUACUAUCCAAACAGACUUAAGGAAUUAGAAUCAUUAAAUUUGUAUGAUUUUGCCAGAUUCUGGGAAAUUACGAAACGGAUGCCAAAAAGUGAGGAAAUCGAAUAUUACGAACUGUACUUUUACUCGCUACUUCUUCUGUUCAAACCAUGGAGAGAUUUGAGUGAACUCAAAGGUACAUGGGAGACUUACACGGAUGCCUUUAAGAAUUCAGAGUCUGCUUUAACGAAGGCAAUGAAAUAUCAUGAAAGGCUCGAAGAAAUACAAAAAGCUUUUGAAAACAUUGCUGAAUUAAUGGAGAAGCGCGAAAAUGAUCUGAAAACGGCAGACGGAGACAAAUUCGAUGACGAUGAAUUGGAUUGUCAUCCGAUAGAAGCUGACGGCGCGAUGAAAGAUUUGUAA